ACAGGAAGUGCACGCAGAGGGAGAGGAAACUGUGCGGAAGGCGGGAGUGGGUGGAGGGGAGGAGACGCAGUGGGCCCCCACCCCCGGGUUCCUGUCACGUGACCCACUCCCCACUCCCUCACCACCCUGUUUGGUGUGUUGAGAGCUGGUCAUAGCAGGGGGCUCCUCGGGGAGUUUAGUCCCUUGCCCCUUUGUGAACUGCUUGCCCCGGGACGAUAAGGACGGUGAGAGGGGAAGAAGGCCAAGGCUAUUGCUUCCUUCCGGACGGUUUGGAGGGGGUACCUUCUUUUCUCUUGGUUGGGGAUAUAGCCACGCCUCCUAUUCUGGGUCCCUUAAGAACGCCAGAGCAGACACAGCCUGGGCAAAACACACAGAACGGAGCCGUAGUACAUCCAGGACUGGGGUGUUGCAGGAAGCUGUAUUGUAGGAGCUGUCCGGGUUCAGGACAGGGGUGACUUCCCAAAAAAACCAACCAGCACAUGGAAAAAGACUGGGGAUGAUGUUUUUCCAAAGCUUAAGGUUUAUGACAGCCGGCCUUUGCUUUGCCGGUGGCUUCUCUUUCCUCACAUCCUGGAGGCCUUUCACCGCAUUUGACAGGCAGGAAACUAAGGCCUUUGGUCAGUGGGUCUGUUUAAGAGGUGGAGUGGGACAGCCCGGGGUCCGACCCCAGCAGGCUUCUUUUCACUUGUGAACAUUGGCAGGGCCAAGGUGGAGCUCGGCUCCCCUCGUUACUCCUGCGAGCAAGGAUCUUGCCUGUCUGUCCCGCGCGCCCACUGGGAUGUUUCGCCAGUGGUCGGUGCAGUCAGGACCAGCCCCACGAAGAUCUGAAUCCCAGGCGUCCUCGGAGGAUCUGUGGAAGCAAGAAGUGGAGCGGCUAUGCGCCUCCCGGACGCCUGUGCGGAUGCUGCCCUACGCCAUGGCAGAUAAGCGCUUCAUCCGGGAACUGCGGGAGCCCGAGGGCGUGAAGAACUCCUGCUGGCAGCGGUGGCAUCGCCCGAGGCAGGUGGCACGACAGCAGCUGGGGGAGGCAGCAAAACGGCUAGGCCGCGGUUUCGGGCUCUGGGAGGGAGCUCUCUACGAGAUUGGAGGCCUCUUCGGGACCGGGAUCCAGUCCUACUUCACUUUCCUUCGCUUCCUGCUGCUGCUCAACCUGCUGACCAUGCUGCUGACUGCCUGCUUUGUGCUGCUGCCCCUGCUCUGGCUCCGCUCCCCUGAGCCAGGCCCUGCCCUGAAACUGACAGGUCUCCAGUGCUCCGGCAGCCCCCUGCCCCAGAGUGACAUUCCAAGGUUCCACAACCCACUUUGGAAUGUUUUAACUGGCAGGGCCUUCAACAACACCUAUCUCUUCUACGGUGCCUACCGAGCAGGGCCAGAGAGCAGCUCAGCGUACAGCAUCCGCCUGGCCUACCUCCUUAGCCCGUUGGCCUGCCUGCUCCUAUGCUUCUGUGUGAUACUGCAGAGGAUGGCAGAAGGCCUCCCACAGCAGACACUCGUGGGCCAGCGCUACAGGACGCCCCUCAGCGCCAAAGUGUUCUCAUCCUGGGACUUCUGCAUCCGGGUGUGGGAAGCCGCCACCAUCAAGAAGCACGAGAUCAGCAAUGAACUGAAGGUGGAGCUGGAAGAGGGCCACCGCUUGGAGCUGGCUCAACAGCAGACCCGGGCCCAGAAGGCCUGCCGCCUUCUCACCUACCUGCGUACCAACGUCCUCAUUGUACUCCUAGUGAUCGGAGCCAUCAGCGCCAUCUUCUGGGCCACCAAGUACUCACAGGACAACAAGGAGGAGUCCCUUUUUUUGGUGCUCCAGUACCUGCCUCCUGGAGUCAUCGCCCUGGUCAACUUCCUGGGUCCCCAACUGUUCACAGUCUUGAUCCAGGUGGAGAACUACCCUCCCAGCACCGAAGUCAAUCUCACCCUGUUCUGGUGCGUGGUACUGAAGCUAGUCAGCUUGGGGAUGUUCUCCUUCUCCCUGGGUCAGACGGUGCUGUGCAUCGGCAGAAACAAGACCAGCUGUGAGACCUACGGCUACAACGCUUGCGACUACCAGUGCUGGGAGAACUCGGUGGGUGAAGAAUUAUAUAAAUUAAUCAUCUUCAACUUCCUGCUCACCGUGGCCUUCGCCUUCCUGGUCAGCCUGCCUCGGAGGCUGUUAGUAGAGCGCUUCUCAGGCUGGUUCUGGACUUGGCUGGACCGGGAGGAGUUCCUGGUGCCCAAAAACGUGCUGGACAUCGUGGCUGCACAGACUGUCACCUGGAUGGGUCUCUUCUACUGCCCCCUGCUGUCACUACUCAACAGUGUCUUCUUCUUUCUCACCUUCUACAUCAAGAAGUACACCCUCCUGAGGAACUCCAAGGCAUCCCCACGGCUUUUCCGAGCCUCCAGCUCCAUCUUCUUCUUCCAUCUGGUGCUGCUCCUUGGCUUGCUUUUGGCUGCAGUGCCUCUGGCCUACGUGAUCAGCAGCACCCACUCCUCCUGGGACUGUGGCCUCUUCACAAACUACUCGGCCCCCUGGCAGGUGGUACCAGAGCUGGUGGCCCUCCAGCUCCCACUUCCUGGCCAGUAUGCCCUCCAUUACCUCAGCUCCCAUGCCUUCAGCUUCCCACUCCUCUUUCUGCUCAGCCUCGUCCUGACCGUUUGCAUCUCCCAGUCCCGGGCGAAUGCCAGAGCCAUCCAUGAGCUGAGGAAGCAACUGGUGUGGCAAGUCCAGGAGAAGUGGCACCUGGUGGAUGACCUGUCGCGGCUGCUGCCGGAGCUGAGCCCAGAGCCCGAGUCCCCUCACUUUCGAGCUUCGCGUCCACGAUCCUUCUGCCCGGGAUUCCCAUGCCCAGGUUCACCUGGUCCCAGGACACCCUGGCUGGGAUCCUCCACCAGGCUGAGCUCUUCGAGCCUCGGAACCCCCAGUGCCUCGGUUCCCGCCUCCAGAUUUCACUUCCCCAGCCUCACAGAGCUGUAGCACCGACCCCACGUCCCUCGGCUCUACCUCAGCUUCCUCCAGCGCCUCCACUCCCGCCCUUCCACCUCCUUUUGCCCAUGCUCUCUGCCCCACCCCCACCCCACCCCGAACCACGGCCUACAGAUGGCUCCUGGCCCUCUGGCAAGGUUCUCCAAAGUGAGCCACACCCUCAGGUCACCAAGAAGAACAGGAGAAUUUCUACCUCUUUUAUCUCAUUCCUUCAAUUUUUAUUGAGUGUUGUACAGUGUACAAAACAGUAUGAAUAUAAACUCACGGGUGCAAUUUAUAAAUAUAUAUAUAUUUUUUGAAACACUGGAAUUUCUUAGAGUUGCUCUCAGAAACAUUUGUAUAUUUCUCUCCAUGAGGCUGCAAGAGCUGAUCUGGAACAAACCUGCACUUCUGUGCCCCUACAAAGGUGAAGCCAUGCUCUGCGAGAAGCAGUGCUGGGUCUUGAACCAAACACGUGGACCCCAAAGGCACACUAAACCAGGGUGGAGCUUGGAAGCCACCCCAGAG